CCCCCUUACAGCCCUCACCCUGGAAUGGCAGAAGGUGUUUUUUGCAGGAGCAACCCGUGUCACUGCUGGAGGAGAGAAGAGCAGAGCACAGGCAUUUCGGGCGUGCUAAGAACAAGCGUUUUCUCCUCCCCGGUUCAUUCUUUGUUCCCCUUGCAGAGUCAUUUCCGGCAGCUCGGCUCUCUCGCGGCUCUUGGUGGGGACGUGGAGGGGGUUUGUUUCUCUCCCACUUGCAGGAGGAUGGGUCUCAGCACGCACCUCGAGUAUCUCAUCCUGGCUGCAUGCCUGGGGAAACCACUGGGCACCGUGGGGCAGACCACCGUCACCCAGCAAGAAGGGCAAGUCACGCUGAAGCAGAGAGACACCUUCCAAACCACCUGCACAUACGAGGUGUCUUACUUUUAUGCCCUGCUCUGGUACCAGCAGAGGAAAGGCCAAGGCCCCCAGCUGGUCUCCUACCAGGUAGCUGCUGGCUCCAAGCAGAGCGGCCGUUUCACCACAUUGCUGAACACCGCAGGGAAAUCCAGUGUCCUGAAGCUGGAGGAAGUUGAGGUCUCUGACAGUGCCUUGUACCUCUGUGCUGUGCAAGACACCCCGGUGCAGGGAGCUUCCUUGGCUGUGCAAGAACCCAGGGGAGGGAGGGGAUGUGUCUGCAAGGCUGAGUUAGAUUAUUUUACGUCCUUUAACAAGUAAAGGCAAACUGAGGCUCAUCCUCUUCUUUAAGGGAAUAAUAACCCCCCCCCCCCCCCAUAUAUUUUUAACUUUGAAUGCAGGCACCCACACUUUAGCAGCUGCCUGUAUUGCUGGUAUUAUUGAUGCUCUAUUCAGGACAGUAGCUGUUAAAGGGGGGAUAUUGCUAUUCAAUCUCCAGUAAUCAACAGUUAGCUACCACCAACCAUCCAUCUUACGGUCCGGCCAAACUAGAAAAUUAUAAAUGUAAUAGAUGCAAUUUAGGAUCUCUUUUCUCAAGAUCACUAAUUACCACUAAAUACCCCAUUUAACAAUUGUUAGCUAUGAAUAUCGAGAAACACGGCUUAUCUUAAAAUUAUAAUAAUAAAAGAACAACCUGAA